UAACUUUGAAUAAAUUAUAAAUAUGUAAAAUCAUUGCUAGCGCAACUUAGAUAUUAUUUUAUAAUAAUAAGUUUUAAUAAUACUCCAACAAUGUCUGACUUCCAAAAAUACAACAACGAAACAAAAAUAUCUGUCACAUCCACUGAAGAAAUUGACAAUGUUAUUUAUUAUUUAAUAGAAGUAAAGAUCGACAAAAUAAAAUGGGUGGUUAAACAUAGAUAUAAAGACUUUUCAGAACUACACGAAUCUCUUGUCAAUGAUCAUGGUGUUGCAAAAGACACUUUGCCACCAAAGAAAGUUAUAAGGAACAAAUGUCCAAAUUUCAUUGAAAAACGUAGAGAAGGACUGGAAGAAUAUUUGAAAAAUCUUUUGGUUUAUCUUCAGAAAACAAUGCCGAGAGAAUUUGCAACGUUUUUGGAUAUGGAUAAAUAUGAUAUAUUGUUUCUGCUGCAGAGCAUGGCUAUUAAUUUUUUUAAUAAUGCCGAGACUUAUUUGCAGAACUGCAAAAGUUUUAAGUUCACACCAUUAGAGCUCUAUGCAAUAAGUCAAAGAUUACCCCGUCCAUGUCCACCACUAGAGUUAACAGAAACACAAUAUGACUUCAGUCAUAUAUUGGACUUCUGUUCACAAUUAAAAGACGUCAUUAUCGAAGGCAGUGUGAAUCAGAAAUCCUUUCUGAAGACGAGUAAUAUAAUUCCUAAUGAGCUAACGUUUGAAAUGUCAGUAUUUAAAAAUAUACAAAAGUUGGAAGUUAUCGGGAUACCUAUGGGAAAUAUAUAUAGUACAGGUACUAUGAGAGAAACAUUAAGACAUCUUUGUGUCAACAACACUGGUGCUGAGCACAUUUAUGAUAUUCUUCUUCCCGAUGUUGUACAUAAACAAGAAUUUACUUCAUCACAUACUUGGAAAUCUCUCACCGAAGCAGACUUUAGUUACAACGAAAUAAAAGACAUAGACGACUCCAUAAAACUGAUGCCAAGUGUAAAAACUUUAAAUCUUGUACACAACAAAUUAUCAGACGUUAAAAAAAUAUCGAAUCUAUCUCAACUACCUCAAUUGUGCAAUUUGAAUCUAUCCGAGAACCACUUCUACAGCUGUGCCGACUUGCAUACAAGUCUGGGAAAUAUCGUUUGUUUAGAUCUAUCCCAGAAUUUUAUAUCGAGCCUUUCAGGUUUAAGUAAAUUGUACUCCCUAGAAAGCCUCGAUGUUAGUUGUAAUAAAAUCACGGAUAUAAAAGAGAUUGUCCACAUCGGUAGUUUGCCGUGUUUGGAAAAUGUUAGAAUAACAGGCAAUCCUUUAUCCUGUAUUGUUGAUUAUCGAGUCAAAGUCCUGGAGUUGUUUAAUGCUCGAGCGAAUGAUAUUAAUUUAGAUAAUGAAAAACCGACUGUGCAGGAAUUGGAUAAGGUGAGGGUUUUGCAGGCUUUACGUAUUGCUAAAGAGGGAAUUGCACCUUCUUUUUCAAGUAAUAAUACCAGUUUGUUCCCGAAUUUGGUAAGCAGUGGUUCUUGAUAGUAUUUAAUAAUAAUAAUAGUUAAUUAGAAAAGGUAAAACAAAUUUAGAAACGUGAAUAAUAUAUAUUUAUAUAACGAUUUUAAUAUGUACAUAUAAUGAUUG